UUGUUUUCUUCUUCUCCUUGUAAAGCUUUAUGAACUCCUACAGUACACUAGAGUCUCAAGAUAUCCAAGUGGUUCCUUUUAUAGAUAUUCAUGAACUUUUUAUGGCUUUUAACCGACUUUAUUUUGAAGGAAAAUUGGAUAGAGUUACUAUAGAGUGGUCGAAAAGGAUGACACUGUGUGCUGGAUUAUGUGAAUGUUGUGUUUUCAGUAACUCUUGUCGUAUUAAACUAUCACAACCGUUGCUUUCCUUGAGACCAGUAACUGACUUGGUGGAUACGAUAUUACACGAGUGUAUUCAUGCCUAUCUAUUUAUGACAGGCUCCAUAACUGAUCACGAUGCUCAUGGAAGGGAUUUCAUCUACCACAUGAACAGAAUCAACCAAGAUGUUGGUUCUCAUAUUACCAUUUAUCAUUCCUUUAUUGAUGAGGUUGAACACUAUCGGCAACAUCAUUGGCGUUGUACUCAAUGUGAUUGGGUUAUCAAGCGAGCUAUGAAUAGACCUCCUAGUUGUAAAGAUCCUUGGUGGAAUGUACACCAGCUUAGAUGUAAUGGACAGUUUUAUAAAGUGAAACAACCAUCUAAGCGAACAGCAUCCUCACAGAUGUUACCUUUGGAAACUUACUUUUCAAAGUACAAAUAAAGAAUAGACAUUGAAUUUUAUUC